UACCACUCAAGGAUGUGGUCCAGAUCAUGAAGACGAAGUAUUCAUUCGUCGCAACGUGUAGAUAGGCAGUACAAGGCUCGGAUACGCCAAUGGGGGUUGGAGAAGAAAGUCAAGAGCAACGAAAUGAUGAUCAUCAUUGGAAUGGACAAGAAGAGAAAGAUGGAAGAAGGCAAAAAUACCGCUUUCUUUGUCAGGAAGAGACGAGUGGACCCGAGAAAGAUAAGUCGGUUUAUUAAGGAUCAUGAUAUUCCGGACGGUCAUUAUCAAAUAUCUCCAACUCCGUCGGUGAUCAGUUAUUAUACCCUCAACUCAGAAAGGCCCAGCAGUGUCUCUUCAGAAGAGAGAAUGGCCUCUUCGUUAAAUGGCCGCCCAGGCCAGACUAAAUCGGCAACCACCUCUGCAAUGCCGGAAAACUCUUCAUCCGCAGCAAAGUCUAUCCAUGAAAAGAGCAACGUUACUCCAAUUGGUCCCGCACAACCUGGGGAGGGCACAGAUAUGAGUUGCAACAGUCGGCUUGGUUCUAUAUUCACAAUAUCUAGAAUCUCCUUUGAGGAUCAAUCUAAAUCCAAAGCAUCCACAGGAGACUUGACAGCAAUGAGGGAAUUUUUUGACUUCUCGGCAGCUGCAAGAACGGACGGCAGGUCAACUUCUUCAGUGACACACCUAACUUCCGUCCAAGACAAAGCACAGAGCAGACAGCCCAGCAAUACCAGGAAGCGACAAGAAGUAACAUCAGAUACCGAGUCUGAGAGCACAGCCCUAGAAAACCUAGACUCUUUGAUUGAGCUAGCAGGAACGGUUGAAGAUCAAGGAAGAUACGAGUGGUCUCGGGUCCUCCUCCAGCGUGUCGUGCGACUUCAUCGGCAGCGCUUCGGAAACAAGCAUCCGAGUACUUUCGGUGCAUUGGAGGCUCUAAGUCGUAUUCUUCGACGCCAGGGCCGAUAUGCAGAGGCUGACCAACUGCUCGACGGCGCACUCAAAGCAUUUUCAAAUACCGGAGGACCCAAGAGUCUCGAAACGCUCCUCUGUAUGGGCUUGCUGGCACUGGCAAAAAUGGACCUGGGGCUUCAUCACCAAGCUAUUGGCCUGGCUCGGGCAGCUUUGGAAAUCGGUCAACAAACCCUUGGUCCAAAAGAUCCUGUCCUUACCAAAGCCAAGGAGAAUUUGGGCAUCGUGCUCUCCUUCGAAGGUCAUCAUGAUAAGGCAGAGAAGAUCCAUCGGGAGGUUCUGGCGAUAAGAAGGGAGACACUUGGAGUAGAGCACCCGAAGACUUUGGACAGCAUGCACAACCUCGCUAUCUCACUCGGCGGACAAAAGAAAUUCAUAGACAUGGAAACAGAAUACGCCUCCAAAUUCCUCAUCGAAACGCGAAUUCUCGGAGCACAUCAUCCACAUGCACUCAACAGCAUGCACGGCAUCGCAAGAGCACUUUGUGGACAGAAACAAUACGUCAAAGCCGAGGCAAUCCAUAGGACGAUCAUAGCCAUGCGUCGAGAAAUUUCAGGCGCUGAGCAUCCGCAUACUCUAACCGGGACCCACAACCUCGCUGGCGUUCUGCGUGAUCAGGGGAAACAUGACGAAGCUCGAGAACUUUACCACCAGCUUCUUGAAAUUGAGAAAAGGACGAUAGGAUCAGAACACCCAUGGACGCUGACGACGCAAGCGAAUCUAGUCUCUGUGCUUGAAUGUGUGGGUGAAGAUGAGGAAGCGGAGGCGUUGAGUAGAUCAACGCUGGAGGCGAGGGAGCGGGUACUGGGUACUGAGCAUACGAGUACGUUGGCUAGUAAGAAUCAGCUUGCGAGAUUGUGCGAGGAUAGAGGUGAGUAUGCAGAGGCAUCAAAAUUGUAUGGAGAUGUUUUGGGGGUGAGGAGGAAGGUGCUAGGGGAAGGCCAUGAGUUGACUCUUUCCAUGUUGUCUUGCGUUUACAGGGUUGCAGAGGCGAUGAGGGAGGAUGUUGAGUCCGUGUACUCGGAUUGAUGUUCGAUGCGCAAAUCCCUUUAAAUCUGACGAUCCAAUCAGUACGGAGGGGUAUCUCAAUCUCAAACCAGUAUGGGCUCCCAGUCAAGGCAGACUUCAGCGCGUUCUCAUGUUUCGCAGCUGAUGCGUCGAUUGGUUCCCCGUCCUGACUAAACG